UUAUCAUUGAAUUAUAUAUGAAAGGUAUUUACAUCAUUUAUUAUGUUGGAUGUAAAUAAAUUGUUUACGUCAUUCAGUCUAACUGACAUGACUUUGCACAGGCAUGUUGUAUGUGAUAUUCCAUUCUGGGAUGGAAGGCCGCGUUGCUCUAAGUUGUAUGUCAACACCAACAUAAUAAUAAACCCUACUAGUCUCAUUUAGCAUGGAACAUAUUUUCCAAAUUUUGAAAUAAAAAUCAAAAUAUAGUUUGUUUUGAUUGAUUUGGACUAAUUUAUCUAUCAGUAAAAGUCUCGUUAACAUUAGUCCACCCUUUUCGGAGAUAAGGUCUAUUUCCGCCUAGCAUUAAUCCCGGUUCAUCACUCUCAUGGUUACACAUACAUUUUACCUGAAUGUGAAGGUUUCCUCGCUUUAUUUUCCUAACCGUAAGAACAUCAGUUAGCUAACGCAAACCAACAUACCUACUUGACACUUUUCUGAGAUUAGGUAACAUAGUUAAACAGUUUUUUUAUAGCUCAUUUAAAAUGCACUUAAAUAAAUAAUAAAAAGACUUAUAAACAAGCUUUCGUGUUUGGUAAAAAAUUAUACUACAAUAGGUAGAUAAAAUGCAUCUGUAACACAAUCGUGUAACAUUGACCACAACCGUAGGUACGUUUUACUUAGACAGUUAAUCAAAAUUUUAAGACACCUCUCGCCAUAGACGAUUUACAUAUCAUUCUUCAGAAAAGAUUCGUAUUGGGUUGAAUUACAGAAAAACAAACCAGGAUUUGAUUUGAUGAUACACAGUAAAAUCCUUGGAAAAAGAAGCGUGGGAAAAACGCGCCACUUAUGGCUAAGAAACCUGCACGACUGGUUCGGCCGUAGUACCACCUCACUGUUUCGAGCAGCGGCCAAAAGGUUAAUAUCGUCUUGAUGCUCUCCCGCCUCCGAUAUGAGAGGCUGUUUAAGAAGAAAACUGAUACAAUGAACCACAUAUCUUAAACAUAGGAUGAAAGAGACUCGGAAUUUUUAGCGGACUUUUCUAGGCUACAGAGUAGUUUCUUUGUUGUACAGCAUUCAUCAUUUGUGGGAAUGGACUAAACUGGGUUUCUGACAUGCAAAUUUAAAAAGGAAAUUCGACCAUUGAAUGGUGAGAAAAUGUAAUAGUGUUCUUUAGAAUCAAACAUUAUAGAUAGUUUCAACCUCUAUAUAUUUGUUUUACAAGAAUAUUUGGUCUAGAAAUUAGUAAAGUACCUAUACCGAUGCAGUAUAUUAGAGUGAGCACCUAUGAAAGGAAUUAAUGUUAAUGUGCGAGUCAAAGUCAAGAAAAUUCAAUGCACAUUUAUGUAGAUCAGUCAGUACGAAUGCAUGUGUGUGUACGUGAUUCAGAUGACACGUUUUGUAUAUAAUUUAUUUACAAAGUUGCUUAGUAGCGACGAAAAAAAAAACGGUAAUGUAUCCCAGCUGCUUCCUUUCCGCAGAUUGUAAAAAUCAAUCAAGGGAAAAGCUUAUCAUUAUGCUUGAGCCAAGUUUGUAAACCUUUCCCUUGGGUUUCAUUUUUAAUAUACGAGAGGCCUGGCACUCUUAAUAUCAAUUACGUAGCUGUUCAGUCUUGUGGUGUCCCUGUCUGCCCCGUAAGGAAUAAAGACGUGAUAUUUUUGUGUGUGUGUAUGUAUUGUAUGUACCUACAAGUAAUAUAAUUUUAAAAUAAUGAGUAAACAUUCCGUUAAUGCAUUUUAAUAAGAUUUUAGGGUACGGAAACAAAGAAAUAGGUAGGUACCUAACAAAUUCGAAAUAGGUUCAUGUCUGAGGCCGUGUUAACGGUCAAGUAUGAGUUUCAACUUGAGUUCUAAUGGUUGCGUUCGUUAAAAAUACCUAUUACUAUCCUAAAAUUAUGAGUUUUAUUUCCCGUAGUUUUUAAAAUACUUGUAAUUGCCCUGAUUACCCAUUCAGCUGUUAGUUGCAUUGCAUGCUUGUGAUGAUGUCAAACAACGCACUGUCUGAAGUUACCCUAUGUUAACUUGGUUUCAUUGAGGGUGUACGACGGAGAUCGGCAGCGAAUAUUGAUUAGGGGUUGCCUUUGUGCUAGUGUGCGGCGCUCCGGCACCCUUCACAGAUAGAGUGCGCAGUGCGCGAGCUGUGUGAGUGCGCCCUCUGCCCAUGUGCCGGCCGCCAUCGCACAGAGUCCGUGCCAUCCCGAAUAAAAACACUCAUGUUAACACAAAAAUUCGCUAAAGACCCCUUCUCAACGCGCCAGCAUAAUCUCAACCCGUCGUCUGCCGAAUUGCAACACAAACUUGAAAGGACAUCGUACAAGCCGACACAAAAAUCAAUAAAUCUCAUAGUGAAACUCGAACGUUGCAUUCCACAAUCAGAAACAGUGCCUCGUACAUCACGUAUCGCGUCCAGUGUACUCCACUAGUGUAUUCCCGUUUCAGCGAGAAGCAAAGACUAACAGUACCGAUGUUUAAUCACAAGUUACCGACUGAAUUUCCAAUGCAAACCCUCCGUAAGAAAACCAGCCCUUGCAAAUGUGAGUCCGAACCGUGUUUAGCUCGGCUAAGCUUUUUCACCUACGAUAUUUUUGUAUACUAUUAUUAAUUUUUAUAUUACGGUUAUGCGGUGUUAGAUAGCGCUAAGUGUAACUUGACCACAUUAUCGCAUCUAGUUAUGUUAUUUUUGCGAUUUCUGUUGUAAACUGUAACUGCAUGAUCGGCUGGCGUUCACCCUACUAACUGUAAGAUCAAAACUGGCACUCAACCAUUUCACGUGCUAGUGCUAUGUCAUAAUUAGUGACCCCCUGGUAUUUUGGACAGAGGGUGUGUUGUGGGCCCGUGGCGAAUGUGCAGCGGUGGAUGAGAGGGGAGACUAACUUACUAUUUGGUUUGUACGGGCAUAAUGCAGGUGUGUCAUUUCCAGCAUCUCUUGCGGCAGUUCGACAAGAACGAGCCUGGCCGCUUUCUCGGCGAGGGGGUGUCAUUUCGCGCCAAAUUGAUUGGCGUGCUGGAAGUGCCAGAAGCCCGCGGUGACCGCAUGUGCCAAGAGGCUCUGGCGGACCUUAAAAUGGCGAUCCGUGCUGCAGGCGAGCAUAAGCAAAGAAUUCAGGUCCACGUGGCCAUUGAUGGACUGCGCUUGCGCGAUGACAAGACGGGGGACUCUCUGUACCACCACCCCGUGCACAAGAUAUCGUUCAUCGCGCAAGACAUGACUGAUUCCCGCGCAUUCGGCUACAUAUUCGGCUCGCCAGACACCGGCCACCGGUUUUUUGGGAUCAAGACUGAUAAGGCUGCUAGUCAAGUUGUAAUAGCAAUGAGGGAUCUAUUCCAAGUGGUAUUUGAGCUGAAGAAGAAGGAAGUAGAGUUAGCCAAGCAGCAGUUAGAAGGGAAGACGGUCACCAGUAGUCUUGUGAGACACGCUCCGGCAGUUGAACCUAAAGCUAAGAUAAUCACAUCGGUAGGUGAAAGUUCUUCGACAAAAACAACGGAGGCGAAUGCGGAAGGUGGCGUAGCUGAACUGGUGGACUUGGAACAAGAACUGAGUUCAUUGAGACGCGGCCUCACUCAAGUGGAGGGGCUCACUCCUUCCACUGACCCCUUUGGAGACUCCUUCAUCAUGCCAUCUAGUCAGAAAGGGCUCCUCCCCCCGCCGCCCGCGGGCGCGGCCUCCCGCGGGCGGAGCACCCCGGGCGCGCGCGCGCUGUCUCCCGGCAAGGCGUCCGCCUCCUCCCUCACGUCCGCCUCCUCCCACACGCUGCCGUUCGACUUGACCGCCGCCAACGAGUUCGAGACUAUCACGAACGCGAUCGAGAACUUGGUAGACCCCCCGGUGAGCCAGCCCGCGGCCGCGGCGCCGUCGCUCGGUUACGACGUAUUCACCGAACUUGACCCCCUCGGCACCGGCCGAAGCAAACCUUACGUUGACAAAAAACUCUUCUUUCAGGAGCUCAAAAACCCACCAAAGAAAGUGCUCAAAGACCUGGUUCAGCCACAAAAUAUACUAUCAGACCCCCCUUUGACAACAGAAUUGGCCGACUACGGGCCGGCGACUACUAUGACGUCGCUAACCAGACAUUCCGGAGGCUCGGUGACGGUCGCGAAACCUCUGUUCUCGGGGAAUCUGUUCGCGGCGGAUCCGUUCGCCGAGACGGAUCCGUUCGAUAAUACGGAUCCGUUCGAUUCGUUCAAAGACGAUCCGUUCACAAGUAUGCAGGAAUUCCCCCGGGUAACGAGGGCGGAAGAGAUAAAGGGCCGAUUUGGUAGGGAGAGUGAUAAGACUGAGAGUGCUGAGAAGAAUGUGUUCAAUGGCCCGUUGCAAGUGUCGCUGCCGCCGGAGCCCGUGCCGAAGUCGCCCAGGCUGCAAAGACAGAGCACGGACACGAGCAUAACGCCGACGGCGCGGCCGCGCGCGGCGGGCCCGCCCCCCGGCAGCUCGCCCCCGCCCCCGCUGCCGCCCAAGAAGCCGGCCGACGUGGCGGCCGCGCGCCCGCCGCCGCGCCCGCCGCACGACGAGCCGCCGGACGGCGCGCCGCCCGCCCGCAGUCUGAGCCCCGCCGCGCCGGGGCCGCCGCUGCCGAGACCCGCCAGGAAGAAGGAGCCUUUAGCGGACCGCAGCACGAAACCUCGCCUAUCUUCGGCUUCAGCAUCAGCUGCUACCAACAGCAGUGAAGAGGAAUACCUCACACCAGCUCCACCCCCGUUACCAGCAGCCAGGAGGUUCGACAUCACUCUCAGCCAACUCCUCACGUGCACCAUGGACGAACUGGCGGCGAGGUUACGAGUCCCCGCCACGACUUUAUCUUCGAUGACGCUUCCUCAACUCACCGAGUACCUUAGGUCUUAUUUAGCGGCCGACAACGAUAGAGCGCGUAUCAACGUUGACCCUUCAUUUAGAACGGAGAAAGAGAAGCCAAUAACUAUCCCCUCCACUAUCACGAUACCAGAGAAGCCAGCUCCUUCAGCGCCAUCUAUGCCAGAAUUCCAAACUCAGUUCGAAGACAAUUUCGCCCCCACCACUGAACCUGACACUUUCGUCGCCAACUUCGACGAUUUCGACAAAAAAGCGAACGCGUCUUACGACCGUUACGCCGCCUUCAGAGAAAUACAAGAACAAGAACUUAUAGCCAAAUCUAUCUUAGACCCCGACCCGAUGCCAGAGACUGAAUCGAAACAGGAUUACGAUGAAAAAGAAGAACUUACGGCUAUAAAUGAUCUGAUGCGAGCGAACGAACAAAAAGAAAUCGAAGCUAAAGAAACGUCCAAAAGUCCAUUGAAGUCACUCGACGAACUAACUCUAGACUCGUUCAAUAUGUUUAGGAAUUCAGUCAGUCCAAAACCGUCACAAAUAGACGCUAAAAUAGAUGAUAUCAAAUCUGUUAUGAAGACUUUACAGAUAGAAAAGACUAGACGAAGUAUUUCUCCUAGAGAUAAUGGUAACGUCGACACAAAACAGGAAGACACUAGUGACGUAACGCAUAUAACACAACGCAACAACGACAGAUAUGCAGCUUUACGCGAAAUAACUAUAACCGAGCCACCUCAAGACGAAUUUGAAUCCCUACCUCCUGAAGUUCCUAAGGAGCGGAAGAAAUCUGAUGAGAAAUCUGACGGUUUUGACAAUUCGGACUUUUUCGAUUGUAUAGAUAAUAGUUCUCUGUCGUUUUCUCACGUUGAAGACGCGUUUAGAAAGAGUCCGAUGAUAGUGAAAGAGAGGGAGGAGGAGAAGAAGGUGGAAGUAGAGAAGAAAGAGAUUCAGGUGGAGUUGACUCCGAUGAGGAAGUUGCAGCCGCCGGCGAGACUAUCCACAGAGUCUAUUAGUGAUGUGGCUAGCGGAUCUUCGCCGGAAAUUAAAGAGGCGGGCGGGGGCGCGGGCGCGGGCGGGCGCGCGCGCUGGGCGGCGCUGGGCCGCGCCUCGCCCUGGUCCUCCGACUCCGAGCCGCGCGCGCGCCGCGGCCGCGCCGUUCACACGUCGUCGUCGUCCCGCGACGUGUCGCCGUGGGACGAGGAGCCCAACACGGCGCCGCGCGGCCCGCUGCGGCACAGGGACUCCAGACACAAUUCGUCCGGCUCGAGAGAAUGCCUAGACAGCGGGAGUGGCAGAGAAAAGGAUAAACUAAGGGACAAACGGGACCGAUCGGAUCGGGAUCUCAGUAGGGACGGGAGGGACUCGGGGCGGGAUCGGAGGGACUCGGGCAGCGGCCGGGAUCGGAGGGAUAGCAAGGAGAGGGAGCACAGGAGAGAGCGUCGCAGCCGGGAGCGGGACGGCGACGGCUGGGAGCGCGGCUACCGGGAGCGCGGCUACCGGGACUGCCGCGCCCGGGAGCCCGGCAAGGACUACCGGGACAAGGAGCGCCACAGGAAGCCCAGGCAUUCCUACGACGAGGACGAUUACAGUGACGGCUGCGGAUCUGGCCGGUCUUCGCCGAGAGACCGGUGGCCCGACCAACGGUGGAGGAGAGACGAAAGAAAUUAUGGUUCGUUAGGAUGGCGCGAGACGAGACGUAGAGCGGAAUUAAGACAAAGUGAAGAUCCGAGCGAUAGAAGAUACGGCUCAACGUUAGGAUGGCCGAGUCGUCGUUACGGCACGGGAUCCUGGCGAGAAACGGAGCGAGAAACACGCGAUGUACGAGAAACACGGGAUAUUCGAGAAACACGCGAAGGACGAGAAACUCGGGAAGCGAGAAGACGCGCUCGCAGGGAAAUGCGGGAAGCGCGGGAAUCCCGCGACCGGCGGGACAAUCGGUUCUCGAACGAUUUCUCUCCACGGGAUCGUGACCAUCCCUCGCCGUUCGACAAUGACUUCCACGACACGCCCAAUUCAGCGAAUAAAAAACGUACGCCGUAUUCUUCUUUAGAAGGAACUAGAUUCGCGUUCGAAUCGGAGCCGUCCCCGGUGUCGGGCGGCAGCUCGCGCGCGCACGCGGAGUCGCCGGCGGCGCGCUUCCGGUUCGACUCGGACUCCGUGUCGCCGCGCUCCAUGUUCGAGGACGACUUCGCGCCGCGCGGCCGCACCGCCUCCAUCGCCGAGGAGGACGAGAGCGACGUCCCCCCGCUCAGAACCAAACCGCAACAAGCACACAAAGAUAUCAAAAAGUCGGAAUCGGUAAAUAUAUUCACUAGGGAAUCGGAUCCGUUUGAAGGAGACGCGUUUUUCGCGUGCACAGGCUCUGAUAGAGCUGCGAGGAGAGAGAACUGGCCGUCUGAUUUCCAAGGGUUCGAUCACGCGUGAGUCCGCUCUGUCCGGUUUGUUAGUCUGCGGCCGGAACGCUCGUAGGUUUGUUGGGCACUAGCGUUUAAGGUUAUGACAGAAAAUUUAGAUUGAAUCGUUUAAUAUUUUUCGUCAUGUCGUAAUAUGUGGAGGUGUGUGUUGUUUUUUUAUGGUGUUUGACCAAAGUAAUGGCCCUGUUAUUCCUCUAGUGCGUGCAAUUAUUUCAAGAGAAAACAAAUUUUCGUGCAGUCUUUGAUCUGAAAUAAGAUCCCAUUUUUACGCGCUAAUAACCAUUACAAUAAUAUCUGUUAAAUUAAAGAAGUACUACUUUUUAACGAAAAUCUUCUAUGAAUUUUGGUUAUUGAUUAAUUAAAUGUUGCUCGAACUGAGAUACAUCACAGACUCAUUAUGUUCUUAGAAGUAUUUAAAAUUUAAAUCUCGUUACUGUCUCCAGCCACUCUAUAACGCUAGUAUAUCAAUAAAUCUAUGGGAACCAAAAACUCUUUGUCUAUUCGCGCUCGAUUCUAUGAAUCUGUCAAUAGUUGCUUUGCUAUCGUUUUGCACUGGAUGCAUUUUUCUAUACGUAUAAAUUUUAGAUUAAGAAUGAGUCUCGAAUAGACGAGAAUAGACAAUAGAGUUCUUUCAACUGUUGCUACACAUGUACUUUUCAGUUAAAUCUUUAUGAAUUUACAGUAAAAUGUAUCUACCAUUCUGGUACAUGUAGUGCGGUGGUUCUAAAGCUGCCACAUAGAAACGAAAGCGGAGGCAAACGAGUAUAAGUAUGAUUUGAGUUUGUAUGAUUAGUCACGGCUUCGCUAUAUCUCCGUUUUCCCAUCAGUUUGUAUGUGGCAGGUUUUGAAGUAGUCAUUACAGAACAGCGGACAACGGGCGGUCUUGUCACAAUAAAAAAUAUAUAGUCAUCGAUCUCGUAUAUUAGAUCUUAGCGGUUCCCUUCCCUCGGUGGAAAUUCUAUAUUUUAUACCCCAACACAUUUCUUUUUAGGUUAGUGAUACACCUUUAGUCGCUUGCCAGUCGAAAUCAUCUAGUCCAAAACAAGUCUAAAUUAAGUCAUUCGUUAUAAAAUAUAGAAUUUUGCAUCAAAUCUGUGUCUAAUAUUUCCGAUAUAGUUUUACGGCGGUAUAUUAACUAGUAUUUAGGUAUAGUCGAGGUUAAGCUGUAUACCCACUGACCAUUGUCGCCCUAGUAUUAUGUUAAGACAUAUAUGAAUUUGGACGGAGCGCGUUCGAGUUUGUAUAGGCCUUGAAACGCAACCUGUGAUAUGUAUAAGCAACGCCCUAUUUUAAAGUUUUUUUAACGCUUCUGUAAUGUGAUAUUUGAUCUUUGCUGUUAUCAUCAACUCCACUUUUUUAUUUAGGAAUAAAUAUGUCAGUUUUUUUUUAUUUUAUUGACUUUAUAACUAUGAUCACAGAAUAAAUAUUUGACUUGAGUGAAUUCAAAGAAAAAAAUAUGUUUGAGCUUUGUUUUCUUUUUAUUUACAUACCUACUUCGUUUAAUCUGAACCGGACAUUUUAGAAGUACGGGUUUAACUGUAGCAAUUAAAAUAACAGUAAAGAAAACGCUUUGAUUCUUGGCAGCUAAACAUAAGUUAUGAAUUCACAAUAUUAUUUGACGUAAAAAAUUAAAAAUAUUCUAACUAUAUUUUUUUUACUUUACUUACUUUUGACGCCUUCCGUAUUUCAACAUUGAAUCAAUUUAUUAAAAUUGUUGGGCACAAAUAUUUAUUACUCAGUAUUAUUUCAUUUUGAAUAAAGUUGUAAAUAUUUUCGCAUAACGAAUAAUUUUUAUCAUCUUGUAAAUAAAUUUGUCUGAUUUUGUGUGGUGUAAUAUUAAUACUGUGUUUUUCAAACUUGUUUAAUAAUGACUCAAUAAAAUUUUUUUUAAAUAUAUUUCUUGGUAUUGAACGAAUGCGGAGUUUGGCGCAAAAUGAUGAAACAUGCAAUUAUUAAACUUAUAUAAAUUUGGUAUUACACGUGUAGUGCAUGUAAUCCAAGAAGUUUAUUAUUUUUAUUUGCAUUUAUUAUUUCUCAACCAAUCAAAAUCUUAUUCGACUGUCUAUGAGUUUCGUUUAAUCAUAUAAUUAAUUGCAUUUAAAUUUAUUAUUAAUUGCAUUUGAUUACGAAUUUAAAACCGAUUAAUGUAGUAUUUGACACAAAUGUCAAUAUUUAUUUUAACGAAUAUACAUAUUUUUGGAAGGUUGUGUUUGUAUAUGAACAAAAAUGAUUACAACUUUUACGUAACUAUAUGACCUCAUUAACUAAAUAUAUAACAGUAACUAAUCACUACUUCUAAAUUUCUUAUAAGUGCGAUCUUUUCCGAUUUUUUUAUUAAUUGUAAAUGGAGAAACUUCUUUAAUUUCUAACAAAGGCGAGUUCCGCAUGUGACAAUUAAAAUUUUUAUACAUGUUGAUGAGAUGCAGACAAACCCACUAGAUUCUAAUCCAAGCUUGCAUGGGGACUCAAUUAAAACGUUAUACAAACAUGCCAAUAUUAUAGCAUAUACUAUUUUAUGUUAUUUAGAUCUUUCCUCUACUAAAUCGCGAAUACAAUUUUUUUUUGAUCUUUUUCUGUGAUAUUUUUUUUUGUGAUUGUCAAUAAAGUAUAAAAUCUUACAAAUUGUAUAAGUUAUUUGUAUUUCCAUUCUGCUCUAAAGGUAAUAUUUUUAGAAUCACGUCUAAUGUUAAAUUUGUUAUAAUAUACAGAACAAAAUAACUUUUACUCAUUUUAUAUUGCCGUAAUUAAAAAUAUUCUUCGUAAAUUUAAAUACUUAUGAAAGUGUUGUAUGUAAUAACAUGAAAAAAUAUGCACUUUUUAUUAAAAAAAUUAAGUAAAAAUAAACCCAUAGUCAUUUUAUAGAAUUAAAUUUAAUUAACAAUGUAUUCAUGAAAGCUAUUGUUACCUAUACCUAGCGAUGUGGAGUCGGUUUUGUAUUAAACAAUUUUUUGUACAUAAAAUAGUUAGUAAAUUAAUUAUGUGCAAUUAUUAACACACUAUGGCGCAAUACCAAAGGUAUUUAUGUUCUGUAACUGUUGUGUAAAAUACUCGGAAUUAUUAAAAUUAUAAUAAAAUGAUUUAAAAUAUA